AUGAUUGCAUUUCUUUAUUGUUUAGUUCAUUUAAUCGAAACCGGUCGAUUUUUAAUUGAUCAUUUUAUUCCAAAUGAAGAUUUUGAUGAUUUAGUCAAAUUAGAUAUUGAAAUGUGGCAAAAUAAUCGUUCAUUAAUUCGAACAGAAAUUCCACGUCAUAUUCAUCAAAUUUGGAUUUCAUCAUCUGAAAAGAAAUCAAUGAAUGAAAAAUAUCUUUUAGCAUCGAAAUCAUGUCGAACAUUGAAUUCCAAUUAUAAUUAUACACUUUGGACAAAUGAAAAACUUCUAAAUUUGUUAAAAACUGAAUAUCCGUGGUUUGUAUCAGUUUAUGAAAAUUAUCGAUAUGAUAUGCAAAGAAUUGAUUCAAUGAAAUAUUUUUUAUUAUUUCAUUAUGGUGGAAUUUAUAUUGAUUUAGAUGUUAAAUGUCUUGUAAAUGAUUUAAUUUCGAAAAUACUUUAUGAAAAUGAACAAAAAACGAAUGAACCUGAUAUUAUUUUACAUAUUGGAACAGAAGGAAUAAGCGCAAAUACAGAUUUUAUGAUUUCAAAACGAUAUCAUCCGUUUUUUAAAUUUGCAAUAAGUCGAUUAAAAUCAGCUAAUCGUUGGUUUUAUUUGUAUCAUUUAACAAUUAUUUUAAGUGCUGGUCCAACGUUUCUCUAUGGAAUUUAUCGAAAAUUUCCUUUGAAAGAUCAAUUUUAUUUUAUUCCAAAUGAUUUUUUAUGGGGAAAAUUAAUUGAUGGUGUUGGUGGGGGAAGUUGGUAUGGAAAAGAUACAUUAGUUCUCCUUUUUGUUAUGCAACAUUAUUUGAUUUGCUCUAUUUUUAUCUUUCUUUUACUUUUUUCUUUUAUUUUUGUUCGUCAAAUGAAAAAGAUUUGA